ACUCCAAAUGUAAAUGUAUAUUUGUUUUACCAAGUCUACUCAACAGUGGUCUUCAAUGUAAUCGUAGGCCUACAUCACUCUAUUCCUAUGAUCUGGGUUCUACAGCGUAGAGAGCUCUCACGAAGGAUGCUGACUACACAUAUGAGACUCAAAGGAAUGUCUCUGUAGAAGACAGGCGCAAAAGACGUAAAGAGAACUUAGUCCUCUGACAGACAACGGCUUUGUCUACAUAUGUGUAGGCCGCAACUGGGUUUGCCUAGUCAAGUGUGAAAUACUGCACACACCAUCUAGUAUACAACACACCAUCUGCCUUACUUAAAACACACAUAGAUCUAAAUCGAGACCAGGCUGAUCUGCUCACAUGCUCACCUACAGAAGCUUUGUGAGCAGUUUUAACAUGGAUUAUUGAGGAAGAAAAUUUAGAAUUUUGGUUUUUUGUUUUGAGUCGUAGUCUCGAUUCCAAAUUUUGUGUGCCGCUAAAAAAAAGUCACGUGACCAGGAGCAUGUCGUCAACAAGAGCAGCCCCAGCCUUGGACGACGUGGGUGGCGGCGAAACAGACUAUUACAAGUACAGACUUCAGACAAGAGGCGAAUAUGAAGACUUACUGACAGAGCUUGAGUUUCGAAGUCGACGGAUGGCUGUAAUUAACAAUUACGAGGCUGCGGCGUAUGAGAGGAAAGCUUAUUGGACGGAAAUUAUUGCUGCACUUUUAGGAGCUUUCUCAGUCACAGGUUUAGGAAUCUGGUUGGCACAAUUACAAAGUACGAUAACUUCCGUUGUAGCAUUUGUGCAGCUAGGGACGUUGGGAAUCUUUGGCCUUAUGGUGGCCUUCGUGGUGCAGCUUAUCAGCAAAGGUAGUGAGCGUGUCCUUCCAUCCUUCAGUAAAAGAGCUGAAUCGCACAUCAAAGCAGCUGCGGCAUGGCAGAGACUAGCCCAGAGGGCUAAAUCUUUUCGUAUACAGCUGGAUAAUCCAAAGUUAGAUAUAAGCACGUUUGCGGAAUGGUACGAACAGCUGAUAGAGCAGAAAGAGAAGCUCAGCUCUACGAUUAUCAUCGCCCAGUCGACCUUCAACUUGUUAGAUGACCCCAAGAAAGUCUUUGCCGAAAUGAAAAAGCAGAGGCAAAUGUUUUUACAAUAUCUGGCGUUAGAACACAUGGACGCUAAGGAUUUACAUGUAAAAAAUGCUUAACUGUAGUCAGACUUAAUCAUGUUUUUUUUUAAAUUGCUGCUGUGAUAAAGAAUAUCAGAACACAUUUUAUUUGUAUUGGACAUUUCCAUACAUGGCGGAAAAGACUAUAAAUAGCCAGCUAGUUGGUGUCUCCGGUGUACAAAAUAAAGGAAUUCUUGAUGUGAUGUUUUCUUUUAAAGUUGAUGUAGUUGUGUACACUUUUUAGCAGUGCAGGAUAACAAUUUUUAGCUCAUCUUUUUAUACCAUAGGAUUGUUUCGUAUAUUAGAAUUUUACUCCACAAAUUAAAACUUAUCUAAAACAGAUGGGCAACUUACUAGCGGUAAUAAAGCAGAUUUGAUAGGAAGAUCAACUGAGAUUGAUCAACACAUUAAGAUAUUGUAAGAAAUUGUUAAAAUUAAAGCUCAAUUCCUUUUUUCUUCAUUUAGUUGGCAACGAAGACGUUCAAUUUAGAGUCCUUGACAUUGUCUAGGUUGUCUUGAAAAUUUACUUCUUAAGUCAAGGCACGCUUUUGAUCUCCCUUGAUUUCUAUCGUACAUGGGUCCAAGGUGUUACAAAUAACUAACAAUGUUAUGUUCAUACACUAUUUCGAAGCGUCACAAACAACCAACAAUUUCAUGUUUAUCAUCUUCGCCUAUCCCUUAGUCUGUUGGACCGAUGGGGCACCACGCAAGUUCUGUCGACCGUCUUCUACAUUCCUCUCUGUCUUUUGCCUGCGAUAGAACCUCUUUCAAUGACAGGCCCGUCCAUUCUUUUAUGUUGUCUUCCCAUCGCUUUCUCUGUCUGCCUCUUCUUUUUCAUGUUCAUAAACUAUUCCAAAGUGUCAGAAAUACCUAACAAGUGUAUGAUCAUACACUAUUCCAAAGUGUCAGAAAUACCUAACAAGUGUAUGAUCAUACACUAUUCCAAAGUGUCAGAAAUACCUAACAAGUGUAUGAUCAUACACUAUUCCAAAGUGUCAGAAAUACCUAACAAGUGUAUGAUCAUACACUAUUCCAAAGUGUCAGAAAUACCUAACAAGUGUAUGAUCAUACACUAUUCCAAAGUGUCAGAAAUACCUAACAAGUGUAUGAUCAUACA